AUGACGGGAGCAAGUGGCGUGAGCAUGACCGGUCCACUACCAAAAUGGCAACUUGCUUUGGCUGUUGCAGCACCGGUUGCUUUAGGUCUUGGUUAUAUGUACUAUAAAAAUAAUUCUAAACCGUCUUCAGAACCUAGUCGUGGUAAAUCAAAGAAUAAUUUCAAAAAAAAUGGCGCACCAAGCACUGAGAAACAAAUAUCAAUCGAUGUCGAUUGUCUACCAAAAAGUACGGCCGAACCAGAGACUCCACUAGAAAAAGCUCAAAAAUUAAAAGCUGAGGGAAAUGAAUUAUUUAAAAUAGGAAAAUACGAUGAAGCAAUAAGUCACUACAAUAAUGCAAUUAAAAUAUGUCCAAUAGAAAAUACAGAAGCUCUUGCUACUUUUUAUCAGAACAGAGCUGCUGCUUAUGAACAACUGAAAAAAUAUAGUAGUGUGAAAGCAGAUUGUACAAAGGCCUUAGAAUUAAACCCAAGAUAUGCAAAAGCAUUAUUACGUCGAGCAAGAGCAAUGGAACAUUGUAAUGAAUUAAAAUCAGCUUUUGAGGAUUUCACUGCUGCUUGCUUUCUGGAAAACUUUACUAAUCAAACUGCAAUUAUGAUGGCAGAUAAGGUUUUAAAACAAUUAGGUAGACAGCAUGCAGCAGAAUAUCUUGCAAAUAAAAAAUUAGUUGUGCCUAGUAAACAUUACAUUAAAACAUAUAUUAAUACUUUCUAUAAUGAUCCUGUUUUUUCUUUACAUCAGAAUCCUGAUUAUGGUAAUAUAUCUCCGGGUUUUGCAAAAGUUUUACAAUGUAUGCAGGAACAACAAUAUGAUGAUGUAAUACCAUACUGUACUGAAGAACUCAACAGUUCCAAUCCAGAUACUGUGUCACACAAAAUGGAAAUAUUACUCUUACGAGCUACAUUUUAUCUUUUAUUAGGACAGCAUGAUGCUGCAAUUGAAGACUUUGAAGUUAUUAUAAAUACUGAUGAUGUUCCAGUACCCCUGAAAGUGUAUGCUUUGAUAAAAAGAGCUACCUUAUUUAUGCAAUUAGAAAAUCCAGACAAGAGUUUCUGUGAUUUUAAAAUGGCUGCUGAACUUGAUCCUGAGUGUGGCGAUGUUUAUCAUCAUAGAGGACAUGCACAUUUACUUAUGGAAAAAAUACAUGAAGCCAGAGAAGAUUUUAAAAAAGCCACUGAACUCAACCCCAAUUUUGGAUUAGUGUAUGUACAGAAGUGUUAUACAGAUUAUCGUUAUGGUAUGGUGGAAAGAAGCACAGAAAUAAUAGAAAAAGCUAUGAAAGAUUUUGAAGUAGCCUUUGAAAAAUUCCCAGACUGUCCAGAAUGUUACACUAUGUAUGCACAGACAUUAAUGGAACUACAAGAGUAUCAGAAAGCAGACGCUUAUUUCGCUAAAGCAAUUGAAAAAGAUCCAAAUAAUGCUACAGUCUAUGUACAUAGAGGUUUAUUACAUCUACAAUGGAAUGCUAAUAUUAACAAAGCUGUUGAAUACAUUAAUACAGCUUUGAAAAUAGACGAUAAGUGUGAAUAUGGAUAUGAAACUUUAGGAACUAUUGAAGCUCAAAGAGGAAACAUAGAAGAAGCAAUAAAAUUGUUUGACAAGGCCUUAACGUUAAGUCGCACACUUAUAGAACUUACACAUAUUUUUAGUUUGAAAGAUGCUGCAAAAACGCGACUUACGAUAAAAGAGAAAUUGAAUUCAGAUAUAAUGUUGAACUUUCGGAAUAUUUAAUAAAUGUUUAUAAAGCUAUACUGAUCAAAAUCGAAAU